AUGGAGACUGCGGAACUUUGCUUUCCACAUCUCCACAACAGCUCCUGCAUUAAGUACCAGGCUAACAUAUUUGAGAUUAAUCUUGUAAGUGUCCUGCUCUCUCUGCUCUCCACUCUCACAGCUGCACUCAACCUGCUGGUCAUCAUCUCUAUUUCUCACUUCAGGCAACUCCACUCUACCACUAAUCUCAUUCUGCUGUCACUGGCUGUCUCAGACUUGAUUGUCGGCCUCGUGGACAUACCAAUUUUUGGUACAAUGUGGAAAGUAUGUUGGUACUUUGGUGAACUUUUAUGUGGUCUUGUCUACCUUGUGCCUUGUACCUCGAUUAUGGCUUCGGUUGGAACUGUAGUGCUCAUUUCAGUGGACCGUUAUGUGGCAAUUUGUGAUCCUAUGCAUUAUCCGACAAGAAUGACAGAAAAGGUAGUCGGUGUCAGUAUUUCAGUGUGUUGGAUCUAUGCUUUUUUGGCUGCGUCACAGGCACGAGCCAUACGUUCUAAUACUACAACUAUGAUAUCCAAAACUUCCAGGAAAUCGGAAAUUAAAGCUGCCAGGAAUUUGGGCAUUCUUGUGCUGGUAUAUCUGAUGUGCCACUCACCGUACUAUUUUGUAGCCUUCUCAGAGGCCAAUAUAUUAGUAUUUGGUGUUCCCAUUCAGCUUGUAUCUAUUUACUUAUACUUUUUAAAUGCCUGUAUUAACCCUCUCAUGUAUGCCAUGCUCUAUCCCUGGUUUAGAAAAGCCAUCAAACUCGUUGUCACAUUGCAGAUACUGAAGCAUGGAUCAUGUGACUUGAAAAUUCUAUAG